AUGGCUUCCGUAGUUACUGCUACGGAAAGCGCCAACCCUCCUGCACCCAAUCCUGCACCAUCAGUGGUGAAGGAGAACUGUGUGGCAGAGCAGAAAAGUUACAAGGCGAUUGCCCAAGGCAUCCCUCCUCUCACUGUGGGAGGCGGUGGAAUACAAUGUUUACUAGGUUUUCGUCGGCGAUUUGUCCUUGGGCGUGGUCGUGCUGAGCGACGCGAUGAUUGCAGCGAAGCGACAGUUGCGAAGUGA